AUGUCCCAGCACAGCGACCACCGGCCGAGCCGCCCGGAGCCCCGCCGAGCCGAGCCGGCCCCGCAGACAGCCCAGCGCGUGUUUGUGCCCCGGCCCGUGUGCGUGUCCGUGUGCGUGUCCGUGUGCGUGUCCCUGGCGCGCUCCAACCCCAUUUCUCUUGCAGAGGCGGGUGAGGCCUCGCAGCCCUCGCCAAGGCAGACGCCAGCGGCAGCAUCGGCAGAGGCGCGGCCGCUCGCCCGGCCCGUGGCCACGAGGCAGGAGAAGCCCCUGGGAGACGAGGAGUGCAGGAAAGUCGUGACCAAGAGCCCUCGGGCCGAGCUCACAGGUGCUCCUGAAGCUGUGACAUGCCAGCCCCAGGUACGAGCAGCCCCACAGACCCCCAGCUCCUGCACUCACCUGCUGCAGAACGGUGCUGGGCGAGGGCCAGACCCUGGCAGUGCCAACGGGGACGCAGGGAACGGGAUCUUCCGUCCCCUGCCCAGCACCCAGAAACCUCACCGAAAGCUGCAGUCACACCACUCCAUCAACAGCCAGAGCAGCAAGAAGAGCAAGGGCAGCUCCAAGUCAGCCUCUUCCCACAUCCCUAUUGAGGCACAAGAAGACUGCUGUGUCCAUUGCAUCCUCUCCUGCCUCUUCUGUGAGUUCCUGACCCUUUGCAACAUCGUGCUGGACUGUGCCACCUGUGGCUCCUGCACCUCUGAGGACUCCUGCAUCUGCUGCUGCUGCUGCAACUCGGGCGAGUGCGCGGACUGCGACCUGCCCUGCGACAUGGACUGUGGCAUCAUCGACGCCUGUUGCGAGUCAGCCGACUGCCUGGAGAUCUGCAUGGAGUGCUGUGGGCUCUGCUUCUCCUCCUGA